CUUGGUCCUAUCACGACUUUCCCUGGAUGUAACCAUACGCAAAGUUUUCCAGGCUUUUGAACAGAGCGGCUGCUGUAAAGAAAAUAGUUCACUGUGUUAGACCCAUUACACGACCGUUUUGACGCGAAAGGUCGAGACAAGUAACGCGCACGCUCGGGUCCUCGUCUGCACUAACUCAGCUCGCCUUCUACAGAUCGGACAUCCCAUUCAGCGACGUUUCCUGACAGCUAGCGGUACUCAGAGCUAUAACAGAAAAAAAUCAUAACUGACCUCACCAGCCUCAAACUACUGCAGAUGAAGCUAAGGGUAUGGGUGUCCUGGAGUGUCAAGCUUGCAAGUCAAUAAAUAAUGCCUCGCAGUGUAGGGAAAUGGCAGAAGAAAAAGCAAAACGAUUUAUAGAUAGCAGCUCGAAUGUCGACUCUGGGGCGUAUUCGGCCAACUAUGGCGCUCAUCGUGUCGGUAUCAGCAUGCAAGAGUCUGUGGACUAUUAUUCCAAAUGGGCACAGGACGGCAAAUAUGAACAAGACUUAAGUUUAGAGCGUUACAAUGGACCAAUCAUAGCUGCCAACUACCUGGCAGACCAUUACCCUGACAACAGAUCCUCGACGAAAAUACUAGACGUUGCAGCAGGAACGGGAUACGUUGGCGAACAGCUUCAUACUCGGGGGUUCAAGUCAGUAGAUGCUCUGGAACCAGCUUCCGGGAUGUUGGAACAAGCCAGGAAGAAGAACGUCUACACCGACUUGUACUGCGAGUUCCUGAACAGCAAACGUCUACCCAUAAAAGACGACACCUACGAUUGCUGUGUUAUAUCCGGGGGUAUGGGAGAAGGACACAUUCCAUGUGAUGGGUUGCAUGAACUCAUCAGAAUAACCAAACCAGGGGGUCUUGUCUGCAUCGUGAUGAGGGAGGAGUAUCUCAGUUACGUAGGGGAGUACAAGGACAGGUUGGAGCCGUUGAUGCAGGAACUAGAAGAUGCUGGGAAAUGGGAACAAUUGUCACGUGACGUCGUGCCAAAAUACUCCUUUGACAACAACGGUGUCGUGUACAAAUUCAAGAUAUGUUAAGGAGUCAUUAGAGUACAUUUACAUGUUGCAUUCAAUUACAUUUUUAACUUAUUUUUCAUCGUUACAUUGUCAUUUUUGCAACAAGUAUUACAAAGGUGGUGAUACCUUGGGUUGUAUACCAUGACUGUUCCAGUUAGGAAGAAUAUAUUUUCUUACCCAAAUUAUGCCUUAACACUGUAAAUUUAUAUUCCUAAAACCUCGAAACGGGUCGAACUUAUCACGUGCAUUUAUCACGAUAUGUCGUUUUAAGAUUUAAUUACACUCGAACUUUAUCUUCCGCCUUGCCUUGAACAACGGGAAAUGACGUUGACUUUAGCUCGAGACAACAUAUAUAAUUUGUCAUAUCACUAUCGACGGAGUAUUUAAAAUAUAAAACAAGAUUGAUCAAAGUAUGUUUUUUCAACAAGGGAAACCGACACUGCUUGAAUACCUACUUACUGUCAGUGAAACUGUUAGGUUUGAUUGUUUUACGUCUAACGCCGCAUUACGUAUACGUACCCAUGGUAACUGACGUCAAGGUUCACGCCAGUUGACACUGACCAGUACAGUCGCCUUCAGUGCAACUUACAAAGUUAGCAGCAAGUUUCAUGGUUUGAAGUUGCUUCAUUUGGCCUACACCACUUGUGGAAACAUUACUUUUUACUUUUUCGACCGAAAAAUGCCUCAAUUUGACUCAAUUAAACAACGAGACAGCAACGUUUGUUAACUGAUGUGCACAGUGCAUCCGUGAAACAACACGUGACUGGUCAGCUUGGUCGAGAUGUACUUCCAGCUAUAUGUGGUUAUUAGAAGUAGAAAUGCGACGUUCACAUUGUCCCAUGUGGUUUACGAUAAUCAGUUUUAUUUGAAUCAAUAAAGAGAAGAUAUGUAGUCAAAACGUAAACUUCAAACUG